AUUUCCGUUUCAUCCCUUCUCUCUAUGCUCCAAAAAGCUUUCAACUUGGGGUACAUUUUCGCGAAAUUUUCCAUCUCUCUGUGUCUGGGAUCAUCCGAAAGCACUUUCAGAAUUUCCUGUCACAAACCGCAAUCAUUCUGCCACUUCUAUUUAUACUUUUCAGCACCAAAAGAAAAAGCACGUCCAUUCUGCUCUGGAAACCCGGUUUCCUCCUAUACAUACAUAUACUUAGUAUAUAUGUAUUUAUAUAGAUAUAUAUAUUUCUCAAGACGUUAGAGAUUAUCGCCAUUUUUGAUCCGCCAAAGUUAUUAUUUUUUAUCCAGCUACGUUAGACAAUCAUCUUAGAAAGACUCACACUUCUCUGUAUGAUCCGCUACCUCUUCGUCUCCAGCUACAUUUAGAGACGUCCGCCAAGUUUAUUGGCCGUUCAAUGUUCCUUUUCCUUUCUUCUGCAUUAGAUUCAGUUUUGGCUAGAAAUUAAGUCUUUAUUCGUUAGUUCAACCCCCAAAAGUUUCUAUCUUUGCUCUAAGACUCCUUUUGCCGUUUCUGGCUCCACCUUUUGCUUCUUUUGUUUUUCCUCACCACCACCUUUUGUUGUUGUUUUUAAUUUAUUUCCUGUUGAUCUAGACGCUAGAGUUCCAGUUUAAAUUAUUAAGGUGAUUGGAGUUUCUGGGACAUUGAAAUUUCUCUCGGUUUGAUCUGGGUGGGUUUUGAGUGUGAAAUCAAGGCCUUAGAUGCGCCAUUCGUUUAUUGCUUUAAAGGAUUUUAAUGCUUUGAUGCCAAGAUGCAGCGUGACCAGAGAAGAAAGUCAUCGGUGGAUGUGGACUUUUUCACGGAAUAUGGUGAGGGGAGCAGGUACAGAAUUGAGGAAGUAAUUGGAAAAGGAAGCUAUGGCGUUGUUUGCUCUGCAUACGAUACACACACUGGAGAGAAGGUCGCAAUUAAAAAAAUAAAUGAAAUCUUUGAACAUGUCUCUGAUGCAACUCGAAUCCUUCGUGAGAUUAAACUUCUUCGACUUCUGCAUCAUCCUGACAUUGUGGAGAUCAAGCACAUCCUCUUACCUCCAUCCAGGAGGGAGUUCAAAGAUAUAUAUGUUGUUUUUGAACUCAUGGAGUCUGAUUUACACCAGGUUAUUAAAGCAAAUGAUGAUUUGACGCGAGAACAUUAUCAGUUCUUUCUUUAUCAACUUCUUCGUGGCUUGAAGUAUAUACACACAGCAAAUGUCUUUCACCGUGAUCUAAAACCCAAAAAUAUCUUAGCAAAUGCUGACUGCAAACUCAAAAUCUGUGACUUUGGUCUUGCAAGGGUAGCUUUUAAUGAUACACCCACUGCUAUAUUCUGGACGGACUAUGUUGCAACACGUUGGUACAGGGCUCCUGAAUUGUGUGGAUCCUUUUUUUCAAAGUAUACACCAGCAAUAGAUACAUGGAGCAUUGGAUGCAUCUUUGCAGAACUUUUGACUGGAAAACCUCUUUUUCCUGGAAAAAAUGUCGUUCAUCAAUUAGAUCUGAUGACUGAUCUGUUGGGAACGCCAUCUGCUGAAGCCAUUGCCAGGGUACGCAAUGAGAAGGCUCGGAGAUACUUAAGCAGCAUGAGGAAGAAGAAACCCAUUCCCUUUUCCCACAAGUUCCCAAAUGCAGAUCCACUUGCACUCCGUUUAUUAGAAAAAAUGCUGGCAUUUGAACCCAAGGAUCGACCUACUGCUGAAGAGGCUCUUGCUGAUCUAUACUUUAAGGGCUUGGCCAAGGUAGAGAGGGAGCCUUCUGCUCAACCAGUUACAAAGAUGGAAUUCGAAUUUGAGAGACGAAGGAUAACAAAAGAAGAUGUACGAGAUCUUAUAUACCAAGAGAUUCUGGAGUAUCAUCCAAAGAUGCUGAAAGAGUACUUGGAGGGAGCAGAGCCAACAAGCUUUAUGUAUCCAAGUGUUGUUGACCAUUUUAAGAAGCAAUUUGCUUAUCUUGAGGAGCAUUAUGGAAAAGGCAGUCCUGUUGCUCCACCUGAGAGGCAACAUGCAUCAUUACCCAGGCCAUGUGUAUUAUAUUCAGAUAGUGCAGUACAAAAUUCAGCAGAGGUUGCAGAUGAUCUCUCCAAGUGUUCCAUCAAAGAAAUUGAGAGGUCACAUACGGACCGGACUUGUGGGAUUCCUAUGACACAGCUUCCACUACAAGUUCCUCAAAGUAUCCAAGGAGUUUCUGCAAGGCCUGGGAAAGUUGUUGGUGCAGUGUUGCGGUACAACUGUGGAGUGGCUGCAACAGCCGAAACUCUUGAACAGCGGAGAAUGGUUAGAAAUCCAGCUGGCAGGACCCAAUAUACAGUUUCAAACUGCUCAUAUCCAAGAAGAAACCCGCCCUGUAAUAAUGAUAGGGGUGCAGAUGAUGGGGUUGAAAGCUCUAAUGGGCUGCAGCCAAAGCCUCAGUACAUAUCAAGGAAAGCUGCUGCUGCACAAGAUGGACCUGGGGGUAACUGGUUUUGAUUCGGUGAUGUUCAUUUUGUGCUGAUCUCCUGCCUGCUUGAUAUUAUCCUACUGAUUUUGUGGGAUAAUGAAUCACUCCUGAUCCCAGAUUGAUCUGCACAAUUAACUCUCCAGCUUCGACAACAUAAUUCCAUCGGUGUUAUGAACUUGCAUAGGUGCUUGGAAAGUGGAACAUUCAUCGGUAAAGUGGCUGCUACAAGUUGCAAUUUGCAUUGAUAUUUUUACAUUUUCAUGGGGUUCACGGGCACUCUUGUCCUUGUACUUGCUCUCUGAUUCAUAGCAGAAACCAAGAUAUGGCAGAUGCGCAUAGUCAUGGAUAGGAGAAGGCAAAGCUAUCGAUUGACUUCCAAGUCAAUUUCUUUUGCUCUCAUUCUUUGCAAGGAAAUUAAUAUUUUCUUUGGUUCUGCAUAACUGUAGGUUGUAUAAUUUGAUCUUAGCUUUUGUACUCCAAACAGGGAUCUUUAUUCACUAAAACAUCUUGAGCAGUGAAAUUUGUUGCAAUAACUGGAUAUAGUGAUAUUUUUCUAUAAUACACAUUUAGUACCCGUCUGUAUUUGCAUUUACA